GGAUUCUUCCCGUCGUUGUCAUUCAACUUUCCGCCCACUUUUCCACUUACAGUAAAGUUCUGACUUUUUYCCCCSCUGCUACUUUAUUGGUUCGUCACGUCCUCUAAAUGCUGGGCGCCAGUAGAGGGCUGUGAAAUAAAACUACAUUUUCCUGACAGCUUCAGACUCCAGACUGAGCGGAGAGACGCAGCAGCUUGUGGCGAACUUCACUUUCUAUCAUGUCCUCAGAUAUUACAGGCGACUUGGAGCUGGAGCUGGGCGACGUGCUGCAGGAGUUCCAGGAUGUUGUGGARGAGCUGAAGGCCCCCUCCGAAAGCAAACAUCAUUCUUACCAGCGCGUCCUGCAUGAGGCCAAGAGCCGCAUYGAAGACAAUGGGGUGGAAGACUCUGACUACAGCAGCGGAGCAUCUAUGGGAAACAGUUUGAAUGCGAGCGAGGAGGAGCUYCACCAUGCAGGCACGACGCUGGCGCUGAAAGCCAAGCUGGGAGACACAGACGAGCUGGAGAGUUUUAUCAACAUGCUGGACCAGGAACUUGCGGAGAUGUGAACAGAGAUACGGGAAGGGCGAGGCACCAAAGAAGAAGAAAGUGAGAUCCACGCCAGAGCAGAUCUGAUGGAGAGAACGCUUCUCUCUCUCUCGCCUCUUCAGGGACAGGAGACGGGGGGAAAAAGGUUGCCUUCAGAAAUUAAAAGGGCACUCGCUUCAAUUUUGAAAUGCAAGAGCACCCUCAGACGCCCCCCGGCAAUCCUGCGUCCGGCCAGCACCGCCACGUCCCCGCAGCAUCAGGUCCAAGAUGUGUGACAUAUUCCCCCAAAAUAGACAAAGCUUCCAUCUGUCUGACAUGAAAAAUGCUGCCCAGAGUAUAGAGAGAAUGUUAAAAUUCUCAUAAGUGCCAUGCCAGUAAAAGGCCUUAAAUCUUCAUUUCCAUUUAUUUUUAAAAAGCCMGAGCUUUCUCUGGUUUAAAAUUACAGAUUGCACUUUAGCUUAAAAGCCUAUUUGAAAUCCAGUGAGUUCAGAUCUGCUGUGCGUCAGGCUAUACUUGUGUGUCGACAUUUAAAGUGUACAGUUUUUGUGAAUAUCCUUUUUUUUCUUUUUUUACAUAUACAUUAUUGUAACAUAAAUGUGUUUAUAAAUAAAGCUACAUUUUGAUGGAGCUUUUU